GGGUUUAACAUGAGACCUUCUCAUAGCAGAACAGACAAAGAAAAGGACUUGUCUGUUUUCAAUAAGCAGUUAAAAACAAGAAGAAAAAAAUGUUGCCAAGUCAGUGCAUUCAUGACAGACAGUACAUGUUUCAACUCCUGUCAGAAGACACACGGUCAGCACAAAAUGAAAAGACUGAAGACACACAAGCAGAGGAAUCAGAUGAGAGGGGGUAAGAAAGAAAGUCAGCAUCUCCAUCACUGCCAUGGCCAAAGCAGCAGAGACAUGGCACAUUUCCACAGCUGCUGUCACAUAAGUUGUCACUGUCCUCCAAGGAGAGUUGCACCAUUUUCAAGGGUGGUUCCUCCAACACAGGAGCCCAGUAUCAUCACAGACAGCCGUCUGAUAGGACACCAUGGUCUUUUCAACCAUGAAGUCAAAUCUGUUGACAUUGCACGCCUACUCAGUCAGCAAAAAAAGCAGGAAAAUAGUAGACCACAACUCCAAAGCAAGAGCAUUGCUGCUUUGUUUCCUUCUUCGGCAUCUCAUGCUCCUUCUCCAUUGUUCAGUAACAAUAUGUUGAGUGCUGAUUCAAAUGAAAAUUUAGCAGACUCAAAGACCCAAGAAGUUUGUGUGGAGAAAGAUUUAACCACCUUUCAGCCUCAUAGUCAGGGAUCAGGAGUUACACCAGAGCAGAGAACACAGCUGUAUGUUGAUCUCUCGUCUGACAGCGAAAAAGGCAUCUUCUCAACUAAGCACAGCCCCAGUAGUGGAGAUAAAACGAGCAAGAAGACCGAGUCUAAGGUCACAGAUUCACAGCCAGCUCCUGCUGGCAACAGGGACAAGAUGUCCGUGGAAGGAAAAAGCACAGAAAAGGCACAGAAGAAAUGUGACAACACCCCCCAAAACAGAGAGCCUUGUGAUCCAAGUCUACUUCAGUUCUGCAGCUCUGCCACUGCUGCAGCCAGUGACAGCCAUGACACAGAGCACACAGGACAAGACCAUGAGGGUAUAUCCAAUUCCAUCAGUGCAGUGGCAGCACAGUUGUGUUGCUGUCUAAAUUUCCCAUGUCUGAAACAGAGACACGUGUUGGCAGAAAGCAGGGAGGUGUUGUUGCAAGCCCUACAGGACAGACAUGGAUCCCAGCUCCAAGAGAACCUUCUCAAGGUGCAGCAACACUUCAGCUUUGACUGUGACCCUGGAAACCCUGUCCAGGCCCAGAAUAGGGAAGCACUCUCUAGCGAUGAAGAUGGACUUUGGUCCACAAAUUCAGAUGUAGUCACAACAGCAUUUCAAGCCAACGCUGCCAGUCAGUCAUGUUUUCACAAACAGAAAAUGGCAUCUUCCAAGAGGCGUAAUCGGUAUGUGUCAUGGAGGGCCAGUCCACAGCCAAUCCAGAGCCCAGACAAAAUUGCAGAAUGGCUUAAAGGACCCUGUGUGGAGAGUUUUACUUGCCUGUCCAAUAACAUUCCCAUGCCUCACUCCUCUCAACAGUUUUCUAUGGACUUUGAGCCACAUGGACCUUCAUCCAGUGAUGAUUUGUUUGCUCCCUCUUCCUCUGCAUUCUGGACAGAUAAAGCUUCAAGAGCCCAGAGCAGAGAGUCAAAUCUGAUGAAUUUCUCUGAAAGUAACUUUAUAAACCAGACCACAUGGCUGAGAGAGAGGAGCAGAGAUCCUCCAUACUAUAACAGCAGCAGCCGAUUGUUUCUUCAUUCCGGGUCAGGACUGGAAGAUUUAGACUCUGUAGAACCGAGGCACUACACCAGGAAGAAAGACCCAUUUAAGACUGCCACAUGUAUUUCUGCUUCAUCCUCCUUUGGCCGACUGCACCAUUCUGAGGACAGUAAUCACUUCCACCACAGCACCCAGGUCAGCCAGCCUCCAACCUGCUCCUCCAUCAGGUCCCAUCACAUCGACAUGACUAACUAUCCCCCAUCUCACAUGCUGGAAAGAGAUUCUGCACCUCUCUUUUCUUCUUUCUCUAGUCCACAACACUGGUCUUUCCCUCCAAUGAAACUCUACUAAUAGCUGAUGAAGCUUUUACAUAUUUGUAAUUGAAGAACAAAGGCUCUUAAUUUACUCCCUUAAAACUCCAUUUUUUUUUCCUC